AUGGAUAUCGAUGGCGACGUGAACGGUUCAUUGUCCCAGGCUCUGUCCUGCAUGGCCACCGAUGAUCGUGAUGUGAUUGUGAAGCAGUUCCAGCAGAUCAUUGGCGACAGUCAUUAUGCACCACCCGAGGCAUGCGCAUUCUUCCUCGAUAUGAACAGCUGGAAUCUGCAAGCUGCUGUCGGUGCCUACUAUGAUUAUGGCAGUAUGAAUGGUAUUGGCUUGCCGCCUCCCGAAUACGUAACACGUCUGCCCUCAAUGCAGUUCGUCCAGGAUAUCACAAUUGGCGAGGGCGAAAGCGUUCCACCGUCUACACGAUUUACAAAGACUUGGCGACUGCGCAAUUCGGGCAAGGAAUCCUGGCCGAUUGGCUGUUUUCUGAGCUAUAUGGAAGGCGAAAAGUUGUCGGAUUCCACGAGAAUGGCGGUCGAACCUUUGGCACCCGGAUGGGAGAUUGACAUAAGUAUUGAAAUGGUCAGUCCUGCCGAAAAAGGAAUUUAUCAGAGCAGGUGGCAGUUGAACACGGAAUCCGGGAUUCCUUUUGGUGGUAAGAAUUCGCACGAUUUUUCCGAUACACAAAGAACAGUGCCCUGUACUGGACAAGUCACACAAUAG